AACAAAGCAGACAGAACCGAAGGAGUCGGGAGUAUAUAAGACUUACAGCAACCAGAAGUGAAAGACAGCAGAAGAAAUUGUACAGACCGACCGGACAGAAGUAUGGUCGAAGUCGAUCCUGAGGUUCUGCAGGCAUAUCGUGAAGCGCGUGCCAGAGAGACAGCGGAAGCAUUAAUAAGGACCGACGCAAAGCCAGACCAAGCCGAGCAAGCACAACAGAUCCUCCAGGACGAAGGCCCGAAACAAGCUGCGGAGCUCAAAAAAGAGGACGCUGCUGCGACGAGUGAUUCCGCCAAUAUGAACGAAGAGCGCAGAGAGAGUACGGUCGAGAACAAACUCGGACUGGAUCAGGAUCGCAUGAAGUGACUGGGUCUAGGUCUAGGUCGGAAGAUGGAGAAGCGGCGUGGAGUGCAACAGCAGGUACAAGAGCACAUUCCAGACGGAACAGCAUGGGUGGCUGAAGUCAGCUGUAAGAGGCGGAAAACAUGUACGCACCUGAGCUCCUGGACAGCAUUUGUGGAGUACGUCAGAAAGCCGCAAUGAUCGAUGUUGAGUGGGCGAAAUGAAAAGGCUUGGGACCGCAUAUGGGCUUUGUCAUGUGAGCAGUGGUCCAAUUGGACUGACCGAUAUGAGCGC